UUGUGUCCAGACGAGCUUUGUUAAAUGUUUUUAGUAUUGUAUAAGUUUUUGAAUUUGUACCAAAUUAAAAGAAAGCUUUAAGCAAAACAAAGUAGUUGUACCACAUCAUCAUAGAAAUGGAAGUUCACGAUGACAUGUACUUAUAUGUAACGCCGGAACAUUUUUAUAUUGAACCCAACACUAAAAGUGAAUUAUUGGUCAUUGAUAGAUUAUCAAGUAUAUCAAAAGUGCAAUAUUCCCAGUUUAAUAACCAAAAUCCAACGCGACGGAUAUGUGGUGUUUUGGGCACUAUACACUUAAUUGGUGGAGAUUACCUCAUUAUCGCAACACAUAGACUCUUCGUCGGGCUUUUGAAUGGUAUGACAAUAUGGAGGCUAGCAGGUUAUGAUAUUUUACCAUACAUUCCAACUAAUACACAUUUAACGUUAAAACAACGCGAACAAAAUGAAAUAUAUUUACGUAUGAUGCGGAAAACUCUUGACACAAAUUAUUUUUACUUUUCUUACGCAUACGACUUAUCCCAUACACUCCAAAGAUUGUAUGAUAUGCCACCAGACUCUUUACAAAAUGGUGUACUGGAACGGGCAGAUCAAAGAUUUAUAUGGAAUGCUUAUUUGCUGAAAAAUUUCAAUUGCUCCGAAAUGAGAAAAUUUCAACUACCAUUAUUAUUGGGUUUCGUUUCCAUCAACCAAGUUCAAGUUAAUGGUCAAACGUUUCAUUGGUCAAUUGUAUCCCGUCGAUCAACGCACCGAGCAGGCACAAGAUUUUUCUGUCGUGGUAUUAACGAUCUUGGGCAAGUGGCAAAUUUUGUAGAAACUGAACAAAUCAUUGAAUUCAGUGGACAACGUAUUUCAUUUGUGCAGACUCGUGGUAGUAUGCCGUUCUUCUGGCGACAAUUACCCAAUCUGCGUUACAAACCUAGACCUGAACUUAUACCUGGAAAGGAUCACCUUUUAGCGUUUUCAAAGCAUUUUGAUGAACAAAUCAUGUUAUAUGGCAGACAAGUUUUAAUCAAUUUAGUUGAUCAAAAAGGACAUGAAGGUGCUUUGGAGAAUGCCUAUCGAAACUUCACACAACAAUUGGAUAAUUCCAACAUACGUUACGAAGCGUUCGACUUUCAUGCGGAAUGCAAAAAAAUGCGUUGGGAUCGGCUUAAUAUACUUAUUGAUAGAGUGGCACACGAACAAGAAGAAUUUGCAGUAUUUCAUUUGCGUGAUGAUGGGGGUCUUAUUUCGGCGCAAGAAGGAGUUUUUCGUACAAAUUGCAUUGAUUGCUUAGAUCGCACAAAUGUUGUGCAAAGUAUGUUGGCAAAACGAUCUUUGAAUCAUGUACUUCAAAAACUUGGCAUACUAAGCAUUGGGCAAAAAGUUGAAAACGCUUCUCCACAGUUUGAAGCGUUGUUCAAAGCAGUUUGGGCUGAUAAUGCAGAUCUUAUUUCAUUACAAUAUUCUGGAACUGGUGCCUUAAAAACCGAUUUCACACGCACUGGAAAACGUACUAAAGCUGGUCUUCUACAAGAUGGAUCCAAUUCUUUGACACGUUACUAUUAUAAUAACUUUUCUGAUGGUUUUAGACAGGAUAGCAUCGAUUUAUUCCUCGGCAAUUAUAGUGUUAACGACAGUGAAGGGAAUUUAAUACCAUCACCGCUUGUAGUCAAAAAAGGCUGGCGUUAUAAUACGUUCCCAUCUGUGUUUGUAUUCGCAGUCGCAAUGUUCUUCAUAUCUGCCGUUUUUCCUGCAGAAUUCGAUACAGAAAGCCUAUUAUUUAUUCUAUUUUGGGGUGCAAUGAUUGGUGUCAGUACUAGUGGCAUACUACAUUAUGGUAUUGAGUUCGUUGAUUGGCCGCGGUUAUUUCCUCCCAUCAAAAUUGAAGCAUAGCAUAACUGACUCGACGGACAUUUUUUGUGUUUAAUACCAAGUACGCAAAGUAAUAAGUAGUAGCAAAAAUUAUAUUUAUGUUAAGAAAAUGUUUACACACGAAAGCUCAUUCAAAUAAUUAAAUUGUAGUUAACAAACAAAUCUAAAUUUCUUUCUAAUGCUUCAUUUGAAAAGGUAAUCAAUCUUAUGUACGAGUAUUUUACACUAAAUUGCAAAACAUUUUAUGUAGUAAAACGUUUUCUAAGCUACGAAUAUACUGUACCGCACACAUACAGAAACGAAUAUACUGUACGAAAUUAAUAAAAAAAAUUAAU